AUGCGUGCCCCUUCCCCGCUCGUCCUGCGGAGCCUGGGCUCACGAGCUGGUCUACGCAACAAUCGCCCAGCACACUUCGGAUCUAACACCACGACUCGACUGACAUCACGCUCAAUCGCUAACUACACACACCCUCAUCAUGCUUCGGCACUCUCGGUCAUCCCGACAGCAGUCGACACUUCGUCGGCUGAAUUCAAAGAAAACAGCCAACAGAUGCAAGAGCUCCUCUCUCAAAUGAAUCACUUGCACACAAACAUCUCCAAAGGUGGUCCACAGAAGUCACGAGAUAAGCAUGUCGCGCGGGGUAAAAUGCUCCCUCGAGACCGUGUCUCAGCAUUGAUUGACCCUGGCACAUCGUUCCUGGAGCUCUCCCCGCUCGCAGGACACGAGGUAUACGAAGGCGAGGAUGUACCCGCUGGUGGAAUUAUUACUGGCAUAGGUACGGUUGAAGGGGUCAACUGCAUGAUUGUUGCGAAUGACAGCACCGUCAAGGGCGGCACGUACUAUCCUAUCACGUUGAAAAAGCACCUACGCGCACAGGCAAUCGCCCAGGAGAAUCGAUUGCCUUGUAUCUAUCUGGUUGACUCCGGCGGUGCCAACCUUCCGCACCAGGCGGAUGUGUUCCCCGACCGGGAUCACUUCGGCCGUAUUUUCUACAAUCAGGCUCGUAUGAGCUCUCUCGGAAUUCCACAGCUUUCGGUUGUAAUGGGUCCUUGCACGGCGGGCGGUGCUUAUGUCCCUGCUAUGAGUGACGAGACGAUCAUUGUCGAGAACCAGGGUACUAUCUUCCUUGCUGGUCCACCGCUUGUCAAGGCUGCUACUGGUGAGGUUGUUUCGGCUGAGGAUUUGGGUGGUGGUCUGCUGCAUUCUACCAUCUCAGGUGUAACGGAUUAUCUGGCUGUUGACGAUGCCCAUGCUCUCAUUCUGGCGAGACGUUCGGUUUCCAAUCUCAAUUAUCCCAAGACCAAAGCGCCCCUAGAGCUUGGGGAUGUGGUAAAGGAGCCCAUCUAUGACCCUAAUGAGUUGAACGGUAUUGUCGGUGUCAACCUUCGGCGGCAGAUUCCUGCUCAUGAAGUUAUUGCGCGAAUUGUCGAUGGGAGCGAAUUUUCUGAAUUCAAGCGCGACUACGGGACUACGCUCGUCACAGGCUUUGCACGAAUCCAUGGCCACCGCGUCGGUAUCAUCGCGAACAAUGGUAUCUUGUUCUCCGAGUCGUCUCUCAAGGGUGCUCACUUCAUUGAGUUGUGUGCUCAACGACGAAUUCCCCUCGUGUUCCUGCAGAACAUCUCCGGUUUCAUGGUGGGGGCAGAUGCCGAGAAGGGUGGUAUUGCGAAGAAUGGUGCCAAGCUUGUGACUGCCGUUGCAUGUGCGGAUGUCCCAAAGUUUACGGUUGUCUUUGGUUCGAGCGCUGGUGCUGGAAACUACGGAAUGUGUGGCCGUGCCUACUCGCCUCGGCUAAUGUUCAUGUGGCCGAAUUCAAAGAUCGGUGUCAUGGGUUCCGAACAACUCUCUGCUGUCAUGGAAGCUGUUGGGAAGACUGUCGAUCCGGAUCUCAAGAAUCGUAUUGAUCGCGAGUCUGAGGCUAUAUUCGCCUCCGCCCGUCUAUGGGACGACGGUGUCAUCCCACCAGCCCAGACAAGACGGAUGCUGGGACUGGGGUUGGCAGCUGCGGUCGGUGGAAACCCAGAGCCAGAUGUCCAGACUAAGUUUGGAGUAUUCCGGAUGUAG